ACACCGGUCGAGGAAGUAGUAUGUUACUGAAGAGGUCGUUGAUUUGAAAUGAUCGUAAACUUUGGAAUUAUUGCAAAGCGAAAUGACUAGUUAGAGAUGUUUACAUAAGGAGAAAAUGUUUGUAGCCAGAAGGUAGUCGUUGCUUAUAAAGAACACUAAUAAGCGCUUGACUCUAAUGCAGCAUAACGUUAAAGGCUGCAAGUUCCAGUUUGAGUUAUUCCGUAACAGGGAUUAAAGUACGGCUACAGUACAGUUUUUAAGCGUUGAAAGAUGAGUUCUGUUCGGCACUUCACCUUAGUGUUCAGUAGGUGCUUGUUUCACCAUAGUAAAUCAGCAAGUGUCAACACAUCCGUUUCCUUGCAUGGCAGCCAGACAAGACUGUUCAGUACUACCAAAAGCUGCAUGACUGUUAUGCCUGCCUGGGUUAUUGAUAAAUAUGGAAGCAAUGAUGUGUUACGGUUCACUAAAAAUGCCAGUUUCCCCGUCAUCAACUACCCCAAUGAGGUUAUAGUCAAAGUGUUUGCAGCAGGACUGAACCCAAUUGACAUCAGCAUGAGAGGUGGCUAUGGUGCUGCAACGCUGUCUAUGAAGAGAGACCCUCUGAAUAUCAAGCAGUCAGGCAACGAGUUCCCUCUGAUCCUGGGAAGGGACGUGUCUGGGGUCAUCAUGGAGUGCGGCCUGGAUGUGAAGUAUUUCAGAGAAAGGGAUGAGGUGUGGGCAGCUAUCCCUCCAUGGAAGCAGGGCAGCUUGGCUGAGUUUGUCGUUCUAAGUGCCAAUGAGGUAUCCCACAAACCAAAGUCACUCAGCCACAUACAGGCAGCAGCCAUUCCCUACGUGGCAACCAGUGCCUGGUCGGCGCUGGUCAACACCGGUGGGCUCAGUAAGGACAACUGUGAUAAGAAGCGGAUUUUGAUCCUUGGAGGAUCCGGAGGAGUGGGAACAUUUGCUAUACAGAUGCUGAAGGCUUGGGGAGCCCAUGUGACUGUUACCUGCUCCCAGAAUGCAGAGCAGUUUGUAAGGGGCCUGGGUGCAGACCACGUGGUGGACUACACUGCUGGGCCUGUUGAGGAACCGCUCAGUGCACUGGAGAAAUUUGACCUGAUCCUGGAUAACGUUGGUGGGGACACAGAGCGCUGGGCGCUGAAUCUGCUAAAGCCUUGGGGUGGUGCCAAAUAUAUCACUCUUGUAACACCGUUCAUCCAGAACACUGACAGGCUGGGCAUUGCUGAUGGCAUGAUGCAGACUGCCGCAACACUUGCCACUAAGGCCCUCAAGCACCUAGUAAAAGGAGUCCACUACCGCUGGGCAUUCCUUGCACCUAGUGGUCCUGCAUUGGAUGAAAUAAGGGAAAUGGUGGAUGCAGGAAAGAUCCGGCCAGUGGUGGAGGAGACCUUCAGCUUUUCUCAGGUUCCUCAUGCCUUUGAGAAGGUGGAAAAGGGGCACGCUCGAGGAAAGACUGUGGUCCAGAUCAGCAAAGGGGGAGAUGACUUAUAGCACUUACUCUUAGAGACUAUGCACUGAGUUUUUGGGACUAUCUGCAUUUUUCUGCGCAGUCAUGAAACAAACUGAAUAAAAAUAAUUUGAAUGCGAAGUCUUAGCUUAUUGUAUCCACAGCUGUAUUCAAAGUACAAGAACACGGUUAUUACUGUUAUUGCUUCUCAUUUGUGGGUUUUGAUUGUUCAGUGAGCAUGGAAGCAUUCCAGCUGCUGUUGUAUGCUUUAAAAUGUUUGCAUUUUUUACAUUUGUUUAAAUAUAUUA